AUGCGUGGACGUCGACAUGAAAGUGAUCAGUUUAUCGAAGUACAAGAAGAGUUUGCCGCUGGAGCAAGUCAGUCAGAGUGGCAGGCUGAAGUUGAGAAACCUCAUCUGACUCGUGGAGCAGCUAGACGAGGUGCUCGAUCAGCGCAACCCAGUAAUGUUGUGAGUCUCCGUCGCAUGCCUCAUCGAGAGUCUCGAGUGAAAUCAUUCAAGCAACUUGUGGAGUAUUCCGGGGAAGAAGAAGGUGUCCAGAAAUCAUUGAAACCUACUGAAAUGGCUCCUUCUCGGAUUUUCGUCACAAAUGAUGUUGUUGGAAUGCACCUUGACUGGCCUUUAUACAGCCAACAGGCUGAAUCGUUCGCCACAGCCGCACACAUCAUUGUCAGCGAUGCAGCCUUGGUGCGCUCCUCCUUAAUUUGUUCCACUGUCCCACAGGAGUUUACUGAAGUGGGCACAUUCGUCGUAGCAAUGUCCGGAUUGGAACAUAGACAUGAAGUUACACUAGAUGGACUUGGGUCUUGGGGAACUCCCCAAGGAACGACAAAAUUCUACAAUUUUUGCUCAGCAACCCGUAAAUUGAUGAUGGCGACUCCCGAGAAUUACACCUAUAAAGUGCAGAGCAACCGUUACAUUCAUCCGGGAACUGACGAACGCGGACACUUUAUUAAAAAAAUCUUCUGUGGAAUGACGAACACUGGGGAAGGUUGUGCUUAUGCAGUCAUAACCUAUUCUUGGGAAGGAACUCCUCAUCCAAUUGCUGUUGCCAUGCCGACACCAGCACCAUCACGAGAAAGGCCAUAUGGUUCAAGGAGUUGGGAGGCCUCGGGUGUCGAUAUAUCUAUUGACGAGGGUGCCAUGCAUCAUGGAUUACCGCUGUUAUCGCGUGUCGCAGUGGACUUCGACCUUGCAUGCAAAAUUUUGUUGGCUGGAGUGGAGAUACCUCAGCACAGCGAAGGCCUUGCAAAAACCUUGGGUUACUCGUCAGUUGCUGAACAUCGACUGGCGAACAAAAUGGCUGCUUCCCCGGAAACUGUCCGGAACUUUUUGAAUGCACUGACUCGUCGUAUUCGGCCAGUGUUCAUUGAUCGAAUGGAGUCAUGGACAGCUUUCGCUCAAGCCAAAGAGCUCAUGUCUAGCAAUUUGCAAGCUCACGAUCUCGCAUACAUCUGUAGAAAAGAAGCUGAACAACACUACGAUGUCGAUCCGGUUGGAUCUGAUGAACUAUUUCCCAUUUUGGCCAACAUUCAUCAAUUUAACGAAGGUCCUAGGACAAAUAUUUGGAUUAGAAUUUCACUUUCAAAGUUUGAAGCUACCUUCAAUUUCCAGGCCUCGGGUGUCGAUAUAUCUAUUGACGAGGGUGCCAUGCAUCAUGGAUUACCGCUGUUAUCGCGUGUCGCAGUGGACUUCGACCUUGCAUGCAAAAUUUUGUUGGCUGGAGUGGAGAUACCUCAGCACAGGUAG